AGUCGCACACAGAGCACAUCGUGAAAGCAGUAUUUUUUUAUUUUCAUUAAUUUAAAAUUGAGUGAUGAAAGAAGUGUAAAAGUAAAAAUCUUAUUAUUUAAAGUAAUAACAGUUUGGUGAACACAAAAUGCGGUUAAAAGCAGUAAUAAUAGUAGUUGUAGCGGGAUUAUUUGCUGCUUCCGGAGGAAAUGUAAAAAAUAGCACUAAUUUUGUGGCCACCAAGGAAUGGCAAGAAAUUGUAGAAGGUCAAUCAAUUCCGGAAGGUCUCCAUGUGCGCAUCAAUCUAUCGACUGGCAAAAAAGAAGCAAAACUUUUGGAAAAAGAUUCAAACAAUACACAGUCAUCGCUUUCAACAGUAGCCGGAGCCAAUUUGCAGGAUCACGAAGCUCAACUUCCUAUUUCAAACAUAGACAAACUUAAGGAAGCAUUGCAAAAUAUACCGGCAGAUAAAUUUGAACUGAAUGAAAAGGAACAGAAGAAGGUCAAAGCAAAAUACAAGAGUUAUGACCAGAUUAAACAGGAUCUAAAAGAAGCUAAUCUAGAGAUUAAAAGUGACAGCGACAUCAUGAAGAACUUGAUGAAACGGUUUGAACAAUUGCGCAAAUUUAUUGAUCUUUCUGAAACUAGUUUUAAAGAAGAACUGGAUUCUCUUUUUGAAGACUUGCAAUAUUUGGUUCAUCAGAUAGAUAAUGCUAUAGAGUUCAUCGAUCAAAAAGGAAUAGAAAAAAUUAUAUGGCCUUGCCUGAACCAAACGGAAACGUCACUACGAAUUCAUGGCUUCAAGUUAUUUGGAACUAUUGCUCAGAAUAAUCCCAAGGCAAAAGUUGCUUUAUUUGAGCGAAACGGGGGAGGUAUUUUGCUAAGCAAAAUCUCGCAAUCUACGAAAUCGGAUGAAAUUUCUGUUGGAUUGUAUGCUUUUGGUAGCUUAGUUCGAAAAUUUCCCCAUGCUCUAAAAGAACUGCUUACUCCUCAUGGUUACAGUCUCUUGUUCGACGUUCUUGGAAAGAACAUCGAAUUACGGGUGAAGGUAAAAAUUAUUCGCCUUAUUUCGGAUUUAGUACAGGAUUACGAAUAUGCACUGUCAGACAAAGAAACAGAUCCGAUCACGAAGGAGCGUUACCAGUCCACGAAACUAACAGAAGGUCUACUUAAGGUCGACUAUUGCAGACGAGCUGGAGAAUUUUUCCACCAGAAUAAGGCUGGCCUACUACAGGACGAAUCUCUGGCCGAGGAAGUGGUAAGCGCUUUACGCAGCAUUAGACCCACCCUCUGUCACGAAGUAUGGUCUGAAUGUGCCCUUUUCCGGCACACCUUGCUUGUUCUGAGAAACAAUUUGGACACACGGCUGGACGAGUGGAACGGUGAAAAGGAUGGCGCGGCCUACCUAAAGGAAAUUCAGCAUACUAUCGAUCAAUUCGUAGAGGAGUUGUAUGGGAGGGAAAAAAGAAAAGACGAACUGUGAUGCGAUGGAAAAAUGUGAAGAAUUGUUUUGGUCAGUUAAACUGAUAAAUACAGUUUAUUUUUUUUCUGAGAAGCAGAUCUAU